UGUGGGGGCUUUCCUGCGGCUGAUCAUGUUGUGUGAGCUGAGCGCCUACCUUUAGAAUCGGACAGCAAGUGCAGCAGUCAGCUGCUUCUGGGUCACUGGCAAAGGGGGUGGGGUGGCGGCAUAUCAUAUCGUAAGAUUUUGGAAUACAGCACUUUGGUUUUUAUGAGGACAAAACAAAAAAAAAGCAGGAGACUUUCUAUUAUGUACGUGGGAUCUGUUGAAUAGUAUGGGAGCGCUAUGUUGUCCAGAAAAGGGAUUAUUCCUGAGGAUUUUAUGCCGACACGUUUAGCCGAGGAUGUCUCUCAACCGAAGUUUAGAGCUAAACAGAGGAAGGCUCGCUUUGUGGCGAAGAAUGGGACCUGCAACGUUGCACAGACGAAUAUUCGAGAGCAGGGACGGUUUCUGCAGGAUGUUUUCACCACCCUAGUGGAUUUAAAAUGGCUUUAUACUCUUAUAAUAUUUACAAUGUCGUAUCUUUGCAGUUGGCUGCUGUUUGGUAUGAUUUGGUGGCUUAUAGCUUUUGCACACGGAGACCUGGACCAGAAUAGCGACAGCUUUGUCCCGUGUGUGACGAGCAUUCAUUCUUUUUCUUCGGCCUUCCUUUUCUCUAUCGAGGUGCAGGUGACCAUAGGCUUUGGUGGGAGGAUGAUCACAGAGGAAUGCCCCGCUGCCAUCCUGUGCCUCAUCGUCCAAAACAUCGUGGGUCUUGUUAUCAACGCCAUCAUGUUGGGUUGCAUUUUUAUGAAGACAGCUCAAGCCCACCGCCGAGCGGAGACCCUUAUUUUCAGCAAGCACGCUGUAAUUGCGAUCAGAGACAGCAAACUUUGUUUCAUGCUGCGAGUGGGGGACCUGAGGAAGAGUAUGAUCAUCAGCGCGACCAUAAAGAUGCAAGUAGUUAGGAAGACGACCACUUUGGAGGGGGAGGUCGUGCCCCUUAACCAGAUAGACAUCGAGAUGGAGAACCCAGUGGGUACCAAUGCCGUCUUCUUGGUGUCUCCUCUUAUUAUAUCCCACGUUAUUGACAAAAAGAGCCCGCUGUAUGAGAUAUCAGCCAGUGAUCUGCACCAUGAAAAUCUGGAAGUGAUUGUCAUUUUGGAAGGAGUUGUGGAGACCACUGGGAUCACUACUCAAGCCAGAACGUCUUACUUAGCUGAGGAGAUACUCUGGGGGCAGAGGUUUGUACCUGUAGUCUCAGAAGAAGAGGGAAGGUACUCGGUGGACUACUCAAAGUUUGGAAACACUGUGAAAGUAGCUACCCCCAGCUGCAGUGCUAAAAGUCUUGACCAAGAUGGAAGUCUCUUAAAAGUAAAACUCCAUGACUCUUUGACACAACAGGAUUUCGUGAGAAAAAGAACCAAUGCCACAAUCCGACUCAAACAAAGAAAUGUCAACCAAUAACACAAAAUAAUGAUUUAAGAAUCACACGCAAAAUUGAUAAUUUUUAGCAGUGGUGAUGUUUUGCUACAUUAUUGUCGUCCACAAAUAUGAGGUAUGGCAGAUUAUAAUUCUUCUGGUAUUAAUUUCUGUACACACUCUACAUUUAUUGUAAGACCAUUUUUAAAAUCAGUAAAAAUACAGCGCUCUAACAGGUAAUUUCUGUACACUUGUCCGUUACCAAUAUGUUCUGUAAAUGUUCAGUCAUUCAUUGCGAAUAUAGUCUGUAGUGUUACCGUUACACGUUGCAGCAGUCUGGUCGUAGUUUUACAUAUUUUCUUAACAGCGUAGAGAAGAAAUGUAAAAUGUAACUUCUCCUUUAACAUUUACAUGUGCUGUGUGUCUCCAAACGUGUUAGAGAGCAUGCUUUACAUUUUCGGGAAAUGUUAUCUUGAAUGACUAUUUAUAUUUAUUUUUCAUUUUAAAGUGCAUAUUUCUGUACAUGAAAGGAUACAUACAGUAAGUAACCCCUGCAAUGUAUUGCACUGUAUUUAAUACAAGUUGGCGAGAACUUAAUAACUCUGUAGCCUAUAAUAUGCAGUACUGGAGAUAGGUAUCCUCUGCAUCCCGCACGCGUUUUUCAGUUUUUAUUCAAAAUAUUUUAUGGUUUUGACUUGUGUAGGAAAACUUUUUUUCAUUAUUAUUGACAGUUUUAAUGCAGUCCAAAUGACUUAACCCUUUCAUAAAUGUCCUAUAAUUAUUUAUACAUUAAAAUGUGUCAUACCUGUAAAAUCGAUUUUAUAUGCAUGUUGCACUACUAAAAAAGUACUACUCAGGUAAACAAGCGAUUCAGCUUUUAUGACAAAAAUAAUAUGAAAAUGUGUUAAUUGUUUUUUUUUUUUUGUUUUUUUUUAAUGUGUAGAUUCUAUUGUUUAUUGUUUUAUACAAUGGUGACAAAGGUAUCAGUGGUGAUCUGAGUUAUUGGUUAUUAUAAAACGAGCAAUUCCACUUUUUGUUUUACUGUAUUGCAUUGAAAUUUAAAUUUUCAGACUUUUAAAAAAAUCUAAUUAAAGUUUCAUUAUGCAAAAGAAAAAUACAACUGGUAAAUCAAAAAUACACUUAUUUAAAAGACUAUUCAGAAAGAAAAAUAUGCAGUAUUGGAUCCGUUCUAUUGUAUUGCCAAACGUUUGACGUCCUCUGCUGAAUGUAUUGUUUUUUGAGUUCAGUAGUAUUCGCUCUGUUCUAUUCACUGGCUAAGCUAUUUGAGUACUAUCCUAUGCUACCCAUGUCUUUGUUUGAUUAAAGAAAGUUUUAACUCA